AUGGAUUCUUCAAAAUCUAAAACAUCUACCAAUGUACUGCCACCAAAGGAGGUCACUUCCUCCAAUCAACCAACUUACCUUAUUGUUUACGCUACAGGAGAAACACCUUUGUCUAAACGCUCUUCUUUUUUAAUCCAGAAACUUUUUGAGUCGACCAUUGGGCACCUUAAAAAAAUCCAAAAAUUGAGGUUAGGAGAUCUACUUGUGGAAACAGCCUCCUUUCAACAGUCAGAAAAACUCUUGAAAAUGAAGUCUCUAGGAGACAUACAAGUCACCAUCACACCACAUACAAGUUUGAACUCUUCACGUGGUGUGAUAUCUGAAAUUGAUCUCAUGUCUGAGGAUGAAUCAGAUAUGCAGAUUGGUCUUUCAGAUCAAGGUGUUACUGCUGUUCGACGCAUCUCCAUUCGUCGAGAUGGCAUGUUAAUUCCUACUAAACACUUAAUUUUAACCUUUAACAAACCAACUUUGCCAUCUGCUAUCACAGCAGGUUAUCUGCGCUGCCCAAUUCGUCCGUAUGUUCCAAAUCCGCUGCAUUGCUUCAAAUGCCAGCGAUUUGGACAUUCACAAACAUCCUGUCGUGGGAAAAGCACAUGCGCACAGUGUGGAACUGAAGGUCACGAGAGUACCGAGUGCACCAAUUGUCCAUGCUGUGUGAAUUGUAAAGAUGCCCAUCCUGCCUACUCAAGGAAAUGCCCUGCAUGGCAGAGAGAAAAGGAGAUUCAACGGGUAAAAACCACAAAUAAUAUACCAUACCCAGAAGCCUGCCGCAUGGUCACUCAAACAACAAUAUUAAAACAAACAACAUUUGCUUCUGUUCUGAAAUCUACGAAAACAUGUGGAGUUCAAACAGAUAUUUCUGCAUCACCAAGUGAAUCUCUUACUUGCCAUGCAAGAUGUUUACUGAUCCCACCUACACAAGCAGAACAAACGGCAAACACAAAGACCAAAACUCUUGUAAUUAAAACAGGGGUAACAACCAGAAAUGUGGGUUUUAAAAAAACAAAUAAGAACCCACUGAACAAACAAAAAUUGAAAGCAGCCCUCUCUAAAUCAAAGAGAUCAGAAACUCAAUUCAUGAGUGAGUUUUCUGAUAUUUCUGAUGAAGAGAAUAAUAUGGAGGGGACCCAACCACCCUCCCCUUCAAAAGGAAAAUCCUCAGUAAAAGUGAAGAGGGACACUUUUGCAAAGACUGCUGCCUCAAACAGAUAAUGGAUUACAAAAUAAUCCAAUGGAACUGUCGUGGUUUCCGCAACAACUUCUCUGACAUUAAACACUUGACAUCGUAUACCUCACCUCUCUGCGUGUCACUUCAGGAAACACAUCUAAAACCUGGAGAUAGAACAACUUUAAAAGGAUUUGAUCUCUACCGCAAGGAUGAUGAUAGUCACAACUGUGCCAGUGGAGGUGUGGCUAUUGUCGUUUCAAAUCACAUCUUAUUUUUGCCGUUACAAAUAACAACUGAUUUGCAAGCUGUGGCAGUCAGAAUUUCAAUUGGAGUAACUGUCACAGUUUGUUCUAUGUACUUGCCACCAGAUGUCAGAGUGAACGAGGAUGAAUUGGAUGCUUUGGUUGAACAGUUGUCUACUCCGUUUCUUUUACUAGGUGAUUUCAAUGGCCAUAAUCCUAUGUGGGGCAGUCUCGACAUUAAUUGUCGCGGCAGGACCAUUGAAAGAUUUAUAGGCAACCAGCAACUGUAUUUACUUAAUACGGGAGAAGUGACAUACUUCCAUGCCCCAACAAGAACAUUCACUGCCAUUGAUCCAUCACUAGCAACCCCGAACCUAUUUUCAGCGUUUACAUGGGAGGUUGGAUCUAAUCCACUUUCCAGUGACCACUUCCCAAUAUUUCUAAAAUAUCAAGGCAGAGAAAGCUGCGAAACAGCCCGUCCACCACGCUGGAAAUUGGAAACAAUUGAUUGGCCUGUUUUUUCUUCUAUGGCCAACAUAACGGAGGAUAUGGUGAAUAUUGCUGAUAUUGAAGUGUUCACGCAGUAUUAUUGAGACAGCUGAAAAAACAAUGGGGAAGACAUCAACUAGAUAUCCAAAACAUCCUAAACCAUGGUGGAACCAGAAUUGUGAGGCAGUAUUUAAAGCCCAAAAGAAAGCAUGGUUGAUUUUCAGAAGAUACCCCACUGCUAGAAAUUUUGUUGCUUUUCAAAAAGCAAAGGCAAAUGCCAGAAGAAUAAGAAGGCAAAGCCAAAGGGAUUCUUGG